AUCAGCCCGUCUCCCCUUAAGCUUCUAGUCUGAUUAUGAAUGGGCACAUCAGAUUAUAAUGACGGUGGUCAUCGAAAUGUUCAGGAGACAAGAAAAGGAUGGAAAAGUGGAUUUGUGAUAAUUGUGCCACCGGGACGAACCUUGCCUGCUUUGGAUCGGUUGGCACGCUCUCUGGAUUCCAAGUGGUAUAUCCCGAGAAAGCCACUUCCAUCGAUGUGGUUCAACAUUAUAUCUCUUGAACUGAGACUUUCAUCUUUCCAGCGUUGGUGCAACAACUUGAACGGGCAAGAUACAUCCUAUCUCGGCUUUGCACACAUCAUCAGCUCUGACUUACUCCAUGCCAUCAUCACCUUUAACUCUUAAAAUGCAGAGCUCUCGUCGUUUAGCUGCACUAUUCACUAAUAGCCGUGAUGCUAGUCACGAGAAGUCUCGCUGUCCGGACACAAGUCUCUCCAGCUCACUCGUUGAACGCCGAAAUCCAAAGGAUGGAGAUCGCGCCGAGUUUCAUUCGGAUAGCAGCAAUAACAUUUCGGAGUAUCUUAAUCUUGACCUGCCUUGUCCAUACCUCCCAUCUCGCCCCGUAUCUUCUUCAUCCGCGAUUCAUCCGUCAAAUUGUUGCCCUUCACCGUCCCCAUUCGCUCGUGACGUCGAAAUACGAUCCCUCUUGCUCUCGUACGAAAAUGAAUAUCCCUCUCCAUCCUCAAUUAUCGAAUCUCCUUUACCAGUUGUAUCUAUUCCUGCUCUUCACCCAGCAUCUCUUUUGGGCCGUAACUACUCCCCUCGCUUUCCGGAAGACCACAGGCUCCUCGAGACCUUUGUUCAUGAUUACCGCCUUUGCGAUGAACUCGGCUCAGGUGGAUAUGGUUUUGUAAUGACCGCGGUCGACCGCCAGGAGAACAUUGAGGUCGCUGUCAAAUUCAUCAUCAAAGAAAAGGUCCCGGAGCAAGCGUGGAUGGAGGACGAGGUCUAUGGUCGAAUCCCCAUAGAAGUACUGGUACUUCAUCUCGUAGAACACGAGAAUAUCAUCAAGUGUCUCGAAUUCUUCGAGGAUGAGCUCUUUUUCUACCUCGUUCAAGAACUCCAUGGUUCUCCGUGGCACAAACGCAAAAAAUCGCAUGAUGCUCAUCCGCAUUCUGCCCUUGAUGAGAUCAUUAUCCCGCACUUCAGCUCGCCACCCCCCGUAUUAUCUCCCGCUGCGUCUGAAUUUUCGGUUCCGGAUUCUGAGCCAGAAACUCCACCGCAGGAUUCAGGACAUCUUCCGGCCUCAGUUCUCGUAGAAGGAUGCGAUUCACCCUUAACUGAUGACUUGCAGUACCACUCACUUCAUCUCUCGCGCAAAACAUCUACUCUCGAACCACCUCGUCCUUGUUAUACGCGCCGCCCCUCCCAUGACCUUUUUGAAUGCAUAGAACAGACAAAAUAUAAGCGCCUCUCAGAGAAACAAGCCCGGUAUAUCAUGGCCCAGGUGGUUGAGGCAGUACAUUACCUCGAUAGUCGAGGAAUUUAUCAUAGAGACAUUAAAGAUGAAAACCUUGUCAUCGACAAAGACUUCAAGGUCAAACUCAUAGACUUUGGCAGUGCCGCAAUAGAGAACCCUAAUGAUACGUCCCCAUACUACAAACUCUUCUUUGGUACUACUGCGUACGCCGCCUCGGAGGUGCUCCUUAAGCGAUCCUACCAAGCCGCGCCUGCCGAGAUCUGGACCCUCGGUGUGCUGAUGUCAUACUUGUUGACCGGGAUGUCCCCAUUCCCCACCGAAGCGGAUGCCAUUGCGGGGCACAUCGUCCUAUCCGAGCUGCCAGGGAAGGGGCUCGGUGACUCAUGCCUGCAUCUCAUGGGCAGGUGUCUCGAACCCAACCCUCAGCUACGUGCCAAAAUCAACGAGGUGCGCGGACAUCAAUGGCUGAAGGGCGCUUUGGAUGGUGUGUAGCUCUUAUCCUCUUAUCCUCUGUCGGCCCAUUUUCUUCUGUUUACAUAUACCUUUGCAUGAGCACGCUGUCUUAGAAUACACACCCACUAGUACUCAUGUACUCGCUAUACCUCUUUGUCGUAUCUUAACUUGAUGUGGCGGUGUAGGCUGUUUAGGUAAUUCAA